GACAUGACCUCCAACAUGAGUGUGUCUGGGAAACAGGACUUAAAGAAAGACGAGAGAAUGAUGGAGGGAAAGAGAUCAGACUCACCAGAACCCAGCUGUGUGUCCAUGAAGAGUGAUGCGUCAAUGCAUCAUCCAUAUAACUUCAGAGACAGUUCUACUGAUGUGAGACCACAAAAAUCAGACAUCAGGAGAAAACAGCUGGACUCUAUAUUCAAGGAGCUGGAACACAAAGUCAUCACUCUGAUAAAGAAUGAGCUGAAGAGGUUUAGGAAGCUCCUGAGUCCAGAUUACCCAGCAUGCACUGAGAGGGAGGUGGAGGAUGAGGAGGAUCUGCACAGUGUCAGAGACGGAGCGCUGAAGAUCACACUGCACGUCCUGAAGAACAUGAACCACACAGAUCUCGCUAACACACUGCACAACAAACUCGCCUUUGUGUAUCAGUCAAAGAUGAAGUCCAAGCUGAGAGAGAAGUUUAAAAGAAUUAAUGAAGGAAUCUCACAGCAUGGAAGCUCAGCACUUCUGAAUGAGAUCUACACUGAGCUCUACAUCACAGAGGGUUGGAGUGGAGACGUCAAUAAUGAACAUGAGGUGAGACAGGUUGAGACAGCAUCCAGGAGACCAGCAACACAGGAGAAACCCAUCAAAUGUAAUGAGCUCUUUAAAGACAAGUCCAUCAGAACUGUGCUGACUAAAGGAGUUGCUGGAAUUGGGAAAACAGUCUCUGUGCAGAAGUUCAUCCUGGACUGGGCUGAAGGAGAAGUAAAUCAGGACGUCACUUUAAUGUUUCCACUUCCCUUUAGAGAGCUGAAUCUGAUGAAGCAGCAAAAUCUCAGUCUGAUGAAUCUUCUUCAUCACUUUUUCCCAGAAAUGAGAAAACUAGAAUCAAUAGACUGUGACUCCUACAAAGUGGUGUUGAUCUUUGAUGGUCUGGAUGAGUGUCGACUUCCUCUAAAUUUCCAGAAGAAUGAGAGAUUGUGUGAUGUGACAGAGUCAGCCUCAGUGGAUGUGCUGCUGACGAACCUCAUCAAGGGGAAUCUGCUUCCCUCUGCUCUCCUCUGGAUAACCACAAGACCAGGAGCAGCCAAUCAGAUCCCUCCUGAGUGUGUAGACCAGGUAAUAGAGAUACGAGGCUUCAGUGAUCCUCAGAAAGAGGAGUACUUCAGGAAGAGGAUCAGUGAUCAGAGCCUGGCUGAAAACAUCAUCACUCACCUGAAGUCUUCAAGAAGCCUCUACAUCAUGUGCCACAUCCCAGUCUUCUGCUGGAUCUCAGCCACUGUUCUAGAGAGAAUGUUGGGUGAAGCAGAGGGUGGAGAGAUCCCCAAGACUCUGACUCAAAUGUUCACAAACUUCCUGAUCUUUCAGAUCAAACACAAGGACCAAAAGUACCAUCAGAAAUGUGACCCUGAUCCUCUGCAGAGUAGAGAGAGUAUCAUGGCACUGGGAAAACUGGCUUUCCACCAGAUGGAGAAAGGAAACCUGAUCUUCUAUGAGGAAGACCUGAGAGAGUGUGGCAUUGAUGUCAGAGAAGUGUCAGUGUACUCAGGAGUGUGUACCCAGAUCUUCAGAGAGGAGUUUGGGCUUCACCUGGGGAAGGUGUUCAGCUUCGUACAUCUGAGUGUUCAGGAGUUUCUGGCUGCUUUAUACUUGUUCCUCUCUUUCAUCAACAGAAAUGUAACAGAACAUCAAACCUCUGAUAUGUCUGAUAUUUUCAGGAAGUCAAACAUGUCUGAUCUCCUCAGGUGUUCAGUGGACAAGGCCUUACAGAGUGAGAAUGGACACCUGGACCUGUUCCUCCGCUUCCUUCUGGGUCUCUCACUGGAGUCCAAUCAGACUCUUUUACAAGACUUAAUGCCACAGACAGGAAGCAGAUCUCACAGCAAACAGGAAACAGUGGAGUACAUCAAGGAGAAGAUCAGGCAGAAUCCAUCUCCAGAGAAAUCCAUCAAUCUGUUCCACUGUCUGAAUGAACUGAAUGAUCAUUCUCUAGUGCAGGAAGUACAAACUUACCUGAACAGAGGAGGUUACAGUCGUCUCAGUGACACCAGUCUCUCUCCUGCUCAGUGGUCAGCUCUGGUGUUUGUGUUACUGACCUCAGAACAGGAGCUGGAUGAGUUUGAUUUGAGGAAAUAUGAUCCAUCACAUGAAUGUCUUCUGAGGCUGCUGCCAGUGGUCAAAGCCUCCAGAAAAGCUGAUCUGUUUCAGUGUAAUCUGACAGAGGAAAGCUGUAGAGUUCUGUCCUCAGUUCUCAGCUCAAACUCCUCCAGUCUGAGAGAACUGGACCUGAGUAACAAUAAACUGCAGGAUUCAGGAGUGAAGCUGCUCUCUGAUGGACUGAAGAAUCCACACUGUACACUGGAGAUACUGAGGCUGUGUGACUCUAAUCUGAAAGAGGAAAGCUGUAGAGUUCUGUCCUCAGUUCUCAGCUCAAACUCCUCCAGUCUGAGAGAACUGAACCUGAGUGUCAAUAAACUGCAGGAUUCAGGAGUGAAGCUGCUGUCUGAUGGACUGAAGAAUCCACACUGUACACUGGAGAUACUGAGUCUGUGUGAGUGUAAUCUGACAGAGGAAAGCUGUAGAGUUCUGUCCUCAGUUCUCAGCUCAAACUCCUCCAGUCUGAGAGAACUGAACCUGAGUGAGAAUAAACUGCAGUAUUCAGGAGUGAAGCUGCUCUCUGAUGGGCUGAAGAAUCCACACUGUACACUGGAGAAACUGAGGUACACACACACACUAUAUUGGGGUAUUUAGUUUAAUGGUUUAUAUUAUUAGGUCUGUGACACUCGACUGGGUUCAUGCUGUGUUUCCUCUGAAUAACAAAUAUAUAAAAAAUUACAGCUUUUCUGUUUACUAAACUAAAAAAACACUAAACUUCCAGUUCUGUCAUUUGUCCUUUUUUGUGAUUUGUACUUUCAAUCUAUCAACUUUUAGUUUUUCCUCCAAAGAAAUUUAGAGAAAAAUGAUGAUAGAGUAAAUAAUCCACCUCGGUCACGUUCAUUACACUUGUGACUGUGGCUGUAACAUGACUGAUGAUGAUGUACUGAAACAGAAUAAAAGAUUAUAGUCCUAAUUAAGCUCUAAUGUAGGGGCAUGUCACUCUGUGUAAUCACCUUGUAUCACCUGAUUCUACAGCACUGGACUCGUUACACUUCACCCUUCACUUCACUUUACCAUUCUGUGUGUUUCUCUUAACACCGCUGGUUGUUUUGUUGCACUCGGUUACAAGAGUGUCUAAAACAGGUGGAGUCACGUGACUGACUGAACAUGAUGGCUGCUUAGACCAUUUGUUUGUUAGAUACAUUAAAAUUUCACUCUGAUAUUCAAUGUUCUUCUUUAUACAACCCUCCAAGACAUUCUUUAUGCUGAUAACAAAGAGCUCUUCAUCACUGAUGCUCAAAAAAAACCUAUACUUUUAAACUCAAAUAAAUAAUGGACAGUGGUUCCACACAACUUUAUUAGUUUUAAUUAACGUUUAAGAUUUUUGUUUAAUCUGUUUCAAAAUCUAACUUGAAUUAUUAAUCUCCAGUCAAUUACUCAACUGUAACUUAAAAUGGUUCAGUUUUCUGAACAUGUUUUUAUCUUUUAAAAAGUCUCCAAACAUUUUUCAGUAACCCAACAUAAGAACAUUUAUUUAAACAACUCAUUUAGAUUAUUGACAGUGGUCCUUUAACACAAGCCUUUUUUAUUUCAGGUUCACACAAAAAUGCUUUGAUUUGAAUAGAUAAGAUUACAUCAGCCCUUACUCGAACACAUCAGAGAGCAGCUUUGUCUUCAGUGUUUGUACUUUAUUAGAUUGCUUGUUGCCAUCUAGCUCCAGAAAUAAAUUCUGCAGUGCUUGUGUACCUGAGUUCCAGAGGACGUCUCAUACGCUACAUACUUUAAACAGGCUUUCCAUCCACUGUAUCCAUCCAAAAAACCUCUCUUUUUAACAAGUGUGCUUUAUUAUAAGUGCUUGAGCUACAGGGCUGUAUUCGCAUCUGAAGAGUAGACUUUGUAUUUUACAAUUUCUUCAUUGUCACAUUCAGGAUCCACGAAUUGCAAUCCAAUAUAAUCCUUGUAGGUUACACUGUUUUACAAUUUAUCUGAGAUCCGUAGCAUAAGUUGUCAUGCCAUUCUGGAGGAUCACCUUCUGUGAGUUGUGCUCUCUAAUAAUAAAUUUUAGCCAGAUUGGAGAAGAUAUUGUAAAACUGUGGAAAAAAUCAGGAAUACAAAUAGUUUGUGAAAAUAAAGUAUGGUAAUGAUAAAUAAAAAUAUAUAUAUACAUUUUUAAUAAUUAUUUAUAUAUAUAUAUAGUAAUUUAAAUAUAAACAGUAAAUUGUGAAGUUCUUUUUAUACGUAUGCAUGUACUGGUCUUUUCAAAGUCACCAAACGCAAAGGAACAACUGUAAAUCACUAUGUUCUACAAAGAACAUCUCUCUUGUUGGUGAUGCAGUAAGCUCAACUGCCCUAAAGUGUUCCCUGUACCAUCCACACAAUCGUCUCAUUAUAAAGUACAAUGUCUUUUGAAUGCCACAGGUCAGUUUACACUGAUGGACUGGAAGCUUCUUGAGUGGUCCAUAUUGGUCACAGUCCAGUUAGAGCUUUAUAUUUUGUUUACAUUUCUGUUGGUGUUUGUGUUUUUCAUGUUCUGACUUGUCUUUUGUGUUUGUGUGUAUGUGUUGUUUAGUGAGGAACAGCAGCUUCCUCAGUUAUGCUGAGUAGUAGAUCCACUCACCUUAUAUAUUGCUUUAAAGGACCGUCUCAUUUAAAGAAAGACGGGUGCUGUGGGUUUAUUAUAUCUAUUUAAUGAUUUGUUGUAUAAUACGUAGUAUGGGCGAAAGUUAUUGGUGUUUUUUGUGUGUUUUCUGUUAUAUCCUCUGUUAUGAGCCCAGAUCCAGAGGUAUUUCUACUGAGAUUUGAAGGAUUACACUUUCUUUUCAGCUAGUCACAAAUCUUUAUUAUGUUGGCUUUGUAGAAGCCAACAUUCUGUUUUCCUAUUUAAGCUUAGACAAAAAUUUAUCAAGAGUAACUCCUCCUAGGGCUUUCGAGCCACAUGCAACAAAUUCGGAUAUGUUGUCA